AUGUAAAUUGUAAAGACAUCUUCUAAACGUUCUGAAGCUUUAUUGAAGUACACGUGGAAAAUGGUUUACAAGAGGAAAAAAUACCAUUAUGGUGAUACCCAUUUAAAACGAAGAUGGGCUACAAAACGUAGAACCAAGGAUUUAGAUCAGAUUAAUGAAGAUAUCAAAACUGAUAAUUGUGAAAAACUUUUAAAUCAAGAGGUCGAUUUAGAUAAACCAGGAGCAGCACAAUUUUAUUGUGUACAUUGUGCUAAAUAUUUUAUUAAUAAUCGAGCUUUAGAAGAUCAUUUUCGAACCAAGGUUCAUAAACGACGAUUAAAAGCGCUAGAACUAGAACCAUAUUCAAUAGAAGAUUCAGAACGAGCUGCUGGUUUAGGAAGUUUUAAGCAACCAGUUAAACGUAAAAUAGAAACACAAAAACCUUUAGAAGAAUGUGAUGAAGAAAUGUAUAUUGAACCCGAACAGACAAACAAUAAAAAAUUAAAAACUCAAUAACAAAAAUCAACAAAAUGGCAGUACUUUUAAAAAAUUACAAACCUUUAUAUAAUAUUUUAAGGCGCGGUUAUUCAAAUGCCCCAAAUGCAAUACAAUCAGUUUUAUAUGUAUCACGUGAUAAGGCCACGGCAGUAAAUGCAUACGUUACACCUUGUG